AUGUCGAUCAAAUUGUGUGGACGAAAUUGCAGGUAUGCAAAUCGAAAAUAUCUAUUUUCGAAAAGCCGAUAUAUUCAUCCUCUCCGACAGUACACUUCUAGCGUCAGUCAUGAUUCGGAUGUAACUACAAAGCAAAAUAAAACAACAAAUAAGAUAUCAAACAAAAUGACCUCUUUUAUCUCCCAUUCCAUAAGUUCACUAGAAAGCUAUCUAAUAAACCAGACAAAUUUGCGUCCCGAUUCAAUUGACGAUUUACCUAUUGAUCGAGCCAACUAUAUUCCAGCUCAACUCAAAUCAUACAACUCACCAUUCAGAGAGUUCAUAGAUAUAUCAAACCCGCAAGACAUUGAGUACCUCCUGUCAAUUGACAGAUCAAGUUGGUAUAAUGUUACUCCUCAGAUCCAUUCAUUCAUGGAAUUUAACUGCGAUUACAACCUUCCCUUGCUGCUCAACCACUAUGCCAGAUCACUACCUGAAGUUCAAAAAGUAAUAAACAGAAAAGACAGAGUGUCGUUGAGUCUAACCUCGUUAAAGAAAAUGAUUUCAAUUCUCGUCAAUCUUCAAUGGUUUAACAAUGCCUCCUAUAUUUUAUAUCGGAUGGAUUUACCUUUCAAUGAAUUAGUGAACGUUCUUAAUGAAAUACUUGAGGAGGAACUGAUAUUCCAGAAUUCCGAUUGGAUGAGGUACUUUUUUCUAGUACAUCUCAAUAAACACUACGAGGCAAUAAACAAAAACAUUUUAGCUAACGUUGACUUUCUUUCUUUCAGUGGGUCUAUGAAAACAUUCAAGGCCUUACAGUUUAUGUGGAAUAAACAAUAUUUGUCAAUGGAUGAACUUAAGGAAGAUUUAUCCUUUUUCUACGAAGCAACCGGUAAAAGCGAUCAUAUACUAUUGAUGUACCAUUUUAAAUCAAUUGAAUUGAUAAAAUCUACACAGAUAGAUAAUCUCGAAUUACAGAUUCAUGAAUUGAAGAAAAACAUUUCUACUCUAUCUUCAAUUUUUACCAAAAAAAUCCAUGGAGGAGCAGUAAGUUUGUUUAUAGGUGAAAUGUCAUCUGCAACGAAUGAUGAACUGCAAAAGUUUAAAGGAAAGGAGUUGUUUGAACGCAUUGAAAAAAGGAAAAUCUCAAUUUUGAAUUAUCUGUUAAUCAGAAAGAAAAUAGAAAUCAAAGAUAUGGACGUUGUCGUAGUUUCACGAUUUAAUUUGAAUUUUGAAACAAUCAUGCUUUUAUGGGAAUACAAUUUACAAAAAAGAAAUAACCGUAUAUUAAAUACGAUAUACUAUAAAUUUUUCGUUGAGAAUAUAAUUAAAAGCUUAAUUUCAUGCAAUUAUAAGUCAGUACCAACUGGAAAAUCGAUACCAACUUUUAAAAAAAAGAAUCUCUUGCAUGAAAUAUUCAAGGUAGAAUAUCAAAAUAUAUCUUCAACUAGGAAAAUUUCCAUCCUAAUAAACCAGUUUAAAAUUUAUCUAAGGAACAAUUCAGUUGUUUCAAGGGAUCGCGUGGGUGGUUUCCUUUCGUUAACAAACAAUACAAUGGAAUAUUCAUACGUUAUGAAGAGAGUAAUGUAUUCUAUAUUUGGCCCAAACUCGGAAUUCAGCUAUAAAGAAAUAUUAAAAUCACUUGAAGUAAUAGCUAGCUUUUCACCGACAACUUUGAACAAACAAUAUUUGUUUGGAGUUGUAAAUCACAUUAUUUUUCGUAAUUAUAAUGAUGAAGGUUUUUUCUCAUUUAAGAGUCCCAAUGAUCGGUUUUUCAAAAGCAUUGAAUUUAUAGAAUUGCUUGACUCAAUGGAUCCACUGGCUGUUACUUACUAUUCAAACUUGUACCCUUCAAUUAUAAAAUUUUUUAGAGACUAUGUUAGUUCAGAUCCUCGAUCCAUGGAUGAUAUCCUUGCAGAGGAAUAUACUUUAAAGUUCAUUAAACUUCUGAAUGAUUCGUUCAACUACAUCAGUUCAAACCCCAAAAAUUUAUCUAUAUUGAACCCUAAAAAUUAUUCGUCUAAAAUCUAUCUGAUAAAGCAAGGCUUAUUACAGCAUUUAGCUAGUGAACUAAGACAUUUACCAAACAAAUUCAUCAUACGUCUGCUAAAAUUUCGAUCUGAUUACCUCUGUAAGAACAACCAAGAUUGGAUUUUCAAAUUUAAUCAAUCUGUUUUUGUGUAUGGCAUUUUUCUUGAAGUUUUUUUCCGUCGAUCAAGAAGGGGUAAUGAUUUCAGUUUCUCAGAUUUGCCUACAAGCGCUUUUAAGCUAAAAAUUGAGGAAGAGAUGGAUAAGCUAGCGAUGGAUCCCGAUGUAUGGGAAUGCCUUGAAUUUGUUGCUGGAUUUGAUUGGAGUGCUGAAAUUUCAAGCUCGUUGCUUGCUGACUCAACCAAACCAGAUAAUCUAGGUGAAGGAAUUGCGUUUGUUUUGUCUGAAUUAAAAAGAAUGGACGGCGUCGAUUAUUUUGAAAGAGAAGACUUCGUCAAUAAGUUCAAACCGAACAAGAAAGUAGAUGGUAGUGGCCAUAUACAUAGAAUAACUGAUUCUUUGUUGGAUUCUAUCUCAGACUCAACUCAUGACGAUAUCGACCAAGCUUACUUGAAUAAUAUGGAAGACUCAACUAAAUCUUUCUUGUCCAAAAGAUUAGCGAGUAAUGAAUUAUUCGAAGUGGAUGAGAUUUAUGAGAACCUGAGAAAUUUCAAAGAUAUGACCAAGAUUAACGAUAUAAAAGGUAUUGGGGAGGAUCAUGAAAAUGCUUUUCACUCAAUACCAGACAAAUUUUUGAAUUAUAAUGACGAUAUGAACUCCCACAGAAAUAAUAAGGGGAAAUUCAAAAAACGUUAUAGCAUACAAACGAAGGAAAGGAUGAUCAGGUUAUAUUCUCCUAUUAGACUAAAAGGUUUAAUGAUUCAAUCUUUGAUCAAACAAAACCCGUUUGUUGUUGAUUUUCUAAUCAAUAGACUAUUCACGGAAUAUGAUAGUCGAAUUCCUGUUUCUCUGAUACAUAGUAUCAUGAUAGGUGUAAUCAAAAGUGAAGGAAAGCUGAAAUUUACGGAGAAAAUUGACUUGAUUAAGAUUUUAGAUGUUUUAGCCUCAACUAUUUAUAAGGGUGCAUCUAGUAGAGCAAAUUCAUAUUUAUUUAUGCAAUAUGUUAGGUUCAAGGAGUUUAGGACAAUGUUAGUUGAUUUAGUAAUACAGGAAAGUAAAAGAUCAAACAGCGGAUCUCUCAAAACGUUAAAUUGGGCAAUGAACAAAAUUACAAAUAGCUCGAACCUAAAGAAUUACAAGGAAGACUUGAACAGGUGGACUAACGAACUUAACAAUAUGAAGGAGAGACAAAUUGGGUUCUGGAAUCCACUUAACGAACUAGGUCGAUGGGAUGAUUAA